AUGCCAUCGUCAGAAUCGUCCGACGUUGUUAUCGGCAUCGAUCUCGGCACUACCUACUCGUGUGUUGCCGUCUUUCAGAAUGGAACGGUGGAGGUCAUCGCAAACGACCAGGGCAAUCGGACCACACCGUCCUACGUGGCCUUUAACGACAAGGAGAGGUUGAUAGGCGAGGCUGCUAAAAAUCAGGCCGGCACGAAUCCCACCAACACCGUAUACGACAUAAAGCGCAUCAUAGGUUUAAAGAACGACGAUCCUAAUGUGCUCGAGGAAAUCGAGAACUGGCCGUUCGAGGUUAUCAGCGGCGAGGACGACAAACCCAGGAUAAACGUGAUGUAUCGGGGCGAGCCGAAAUCCUAUUCUCCCGAACAGAUAUCGUCGAUGGUCCUGUCGAAAAUGAAAGAGACGGCCGAAGCGUAUUUGGGCACCGCGGUGAAGAGAGCGGUCAUUACGGUGCCGGCGUACUUUAACGAUUCUCAGCGACAGGCGACUAAAGACGCCGGAACUAUUGCCGGGUUCAGGGUCGAGCGGAUCAUCAACGAGCCGACGGCGGCUGCCGUUGCCUACGGUCUGAGUACGAUCAAGAAAAGCAACAAUGCGGAUAUCAGCGAAGAGAAGAAUAUUUUAGUAUUCGACUUUGGCGGUGGCACGUUUGACGUAUCGAUCUUAAACAUGGCCGAAGAGGUGAUUGAGGUUAAAGCCACGGCCGGAGACACUCACUUGGGAGGAGAAGACAUCGACGAUAAGUUGGUCGAACAUUUUAUGGGCGUCAUCAAGAGGAAUUACAAGCAAGACAUAAAGGACAACAAACGAGCACUGCGACGCUUAAAGACCGAAUGCGAAAAGGCCAAGAGAACGCUGUCGUCGUCCACUCAGGCCGAAAUCACAAUCGAGUCUCUCUGCUCUGGUAUCGAUAUGAGCUUCGCUCUGACCCGGGCUAGAUUCGACGAGAUUUGCCACAGUCUCUUUCAGAGGACCAUCGAUCUUGUGACAAGGGCCUUAGUGGACGCCAAGAUGGACAAGAAUUCUAUACACGACAUUGUGUUGGUCGGAGGAUCUACCCGCAUACCUAGAGUGCAAAAACUCUUGCGGGACUAUUUCGAAAAGGACCCGAUCAAAUCAAUCAACCCGGACGAGGCCGUCGCCCACGGGGCUGCUGUACAGGCAGCCAUCAUAUCCGGGGACACGAGUAAAGCUCUGUCCAACAUGCUCCUCAUCGACGUGGCUCCUCUGUCGUUAGGCAUAGAGACACACGGUGGAGAGAUGACAACAGUGAUCGAGAGAAACACGAGCAUCCCCGCGAGCAGGAGUAGCAUAUUCACGACUUUCCAGGACGAUCAAGAAAGCGUGGAAAUCAAGGUGUUCGAGGGAGAACGUCCGUGUACCAAAGACAACAACCUGCUAGGCACCUUCUCGCUGAAUGGGAUACCCAAAGCUCCGAGGCACACACCUCAAAUCGAGGUAUCUUUUGACAUUGACGUCAACGGAAUUCUCGAUGUGAGGGCAGUCGAAAAGAGCACCGGCGUCGAAAAGAAGAUAACCAUCAAAAACGACAACCGCAUAUCUAAAGAAGAGAUAGAGCGAAUGAUUCAGGAAGCUGAAAGGAACAAAGAGAACGAUAAUAAAAUAAGAGAGGCUAUCGAAGAAAAGAAUGGAUUGGAACAGGCCUGUUACCAGUUGAAGGGCCUUUUAUCAACGACCACAUCGGAUAAAAAAGAGGAUUAUGUGAAGCAGGUAGACGAGUUAUUGAAUUGGAUCGACGAAACGGACAAAUCGGGAAUUCCGAAGGAGGCGUAUGUAAAAAAGAGACAAGAGCUUGAAAAGCUACAGAGUAAAAUGAUGGAAGAAAUAAUCGCCUCUGACAAGUCUAGACCGAACGAUAAAACGAAAGACGGAAAGGAUAAAGAGCCAACGAAUAAAGAUAUUUUAAGCUUACAGAUUAAAACUGUUAGACAAGAAAAGAGCAGUCCACUCAUGAUCUUGAGAGAUUAUACAAAGACCAUACCAGGUGUCCCGCAUCGGCAGUGGUUUUUGGUGAGAGGAGGCGGUCCCUCGUCAAGAGAAAUGAUGGUCCUCUCGAUGACAGUUAGACGUUCUCAAGUUCAGAGGGGUAUGACCCCAGAACAUCAUUUUCAAUCGGGGCAAAGCCACGGUGAAACUGGCUUUCCUGUUUCAAAGAGCUUCAAGAAGGAUGGGAGAGAUCCUCCCUCGCGAAGAAGACCAGCGGGAGCAUCCGACGUUCAACCCGCUGUUCGUUCUACUAUCCAUGCAACCACCGUUGGUGUGGCUCGACCAUUUUUCCCGUUCGAUGAUAAUGACGCUGAAGGUGAGUUUAUCAUUUUUCCUCGGUUUUCGCCACCACUCUUCGCUGUGGAAAAAAAGAUAAAGAUUGAAAAGUUCCUCUCAGAUUCCAUACAAGGGCGUAGACUGUCCUUUAUCGUGUCUUCAAGAUUAAACACGUUUAGACAAGAAAAGAGCAGUCCACACUCAUGA